CUUAAAAGUCGGGCCCUCCCCCGUUCCCCCCCGGCAUCUAUUUCGCCUGUAUACCCAAGAUGCUUACAUCAAUUACUACUACCACUACUUCUACUACGACUACUAGUACUACUGCCUCUUCCUCUACCUUGAACGUCGAACCCAUUGCGCUCCCCAGCGAUGCCGCCCUUGACCAUGAGCUCCGCGUUAUCCACGACACCUUUCAAGGCAAAGAGACGGAAGACAACUGGACCGCCCGUGAAACUGCCCUGAUGAAGAUCAGCGCGAUUGCUAAAGGAUCUGGAGCUCUCCCCAGCUUUUUGACUAUCGCCAAGCAGUACCUCAAAGGACCAUUUGAGUCUGCGCUUGCAACCGAAAGGACAAAAUUAAUUCGAACGGCGAUGCGUGUAGUUGGCGACCUCGCAGAGACGCUCCACGAAAGAUUCGAAGGACUGACCGAUCUUACUCUCAAGCCAGUUCUGAAGUUGGCUAGCAGGGCCAACCGGGUAGUCGUCCAAACCGCUCGUGACACGGUGAUUACCAGCAUCAAAGCCGCGGGGUUGACCAACUUCAUUCCGACGCUCUCCGAAGCACAAGGAUCACCCAGCAAGACUUUGCGAGAAACGGCAAUGCAGUGCAUCGUUGUUUCACUGAAUCAUAACCCAGCAAUAAGGUUACAAACCCAAGUUGACGCCAUCGAGACCGCUAUCGGCGCAGGAAUCCUGGACCCUGUCCCAACGGUCAGAGACUGGGCGAGACAAGCAUUCGAAGCCUACAAGCGGGUAUAUCCCUCCAGAGUGGAAUUAUUUGUUGAUGCAUUACCAGAGACGGCAAAGAAGUACCUCAAGAUAAGCACACCAAAACCGCGUUCCCGACCCCCGCGACACUCCAUAGCGACCCUGAGGGAGCGUAUGAAGCCCGAGCUAGUACCCAACGUUGCCCGAGCGGCGGAACACGAUGUCGUUAGCAAUGCGUCCUCUGGUGGCGCUCAACGCGUGCUCGAUAAAGCAGCCAGGGUGCUAGUGCCCGACCAAGCGCGGCUUGGAAAGCCUUCCCGAAGCUUGAAAGAAGCAGGUGGAGGUGCCCAGCGAGUUCCAAAGACGGUGCUUGCGGCGCGCAAGCCGAACGAUCUAGGUCGACCAGCCAUUCAAAAAACAAUACCCGUGACAUCCACGCAGCAUUCUCAGCCGAAACCUGCACAACGGUCAGCAUUAGUUAAGAAAUCCGCGAUUCCAAAGCUCACGCCAACGCCAGAAAAGACAAAAGUAGCACCUUCGCCCAGCAAGUCUGACGCGAAAUCAUCUGCCAUCCCAAAGACACGGAUCGCGACAAGGACAGUACAGCAGUCAAGUCCCAUCAAGAUAUCUCCAGCCGUUAAAGAACCUAUCACGCCACCAAAAUCAGUGGUACCUGCGUCGUCCAAGGCAUCCUCGCCAGCAAUGCCGCCAAAGACGCAUCAAAGUCCCACCAAGCAAUCUCCAACACCUAAAGAUCCCGCCACGCCGCAGAAGUCAACAACACCGGCGUCGCUCAAGACAUCCUCGCCAUCCAAACUGCCAAACACGCAGCAGAGUCCCACCAAGAAAUCCCCAGCCGCCAAAGGUCUCGCCACAACGGAGAAGGCAAGAGCACCGGCAUCGCUCAAGCCAAUCUCGCCAUCCGAGCCGCCGAAGACGCAGCAAAGUCCCACCCAGAAAUCUCCAACCGCUAAAGGUCCCGCCACCCCGCAGAAGUCAACGGCACCGGCCUCGUCAAAAGCAUCGUCGCCAUCUGUGUCGCCAAGUACCUCUACAAAACCUCGAUGGAAUGAGACAGGAGAGAUCUACAGCAUCCGUGAAGCGACAACCGCUAUUUACACCGGCCAACGCCUCGCUUCAGUUCUGAAAAAGAUAGGCCAGACAGAAAACAAGGAGUGGUUUAACCAUGGCGUAGGGACUGCGACGCGCGUCCUCAAUGAUCUUGAAUCUCCUGGAUCUCAAGUUCUCCGAUCGAUUCAAGUGAUUGAUGCAGCGAUGAGACGGUCAUUUCCCGAAGCAAUACAAGCUGUUGGGCAGGAAUCAGAUGUGCCUCCCGAAGGAUUCCUUGUCGACAAGUUCGUUUUCCACGACUACUGCCGCUACGACAAUUUGCGAACGGCCAUCCACUGGGCGAGGGAUAAGGCGGCCGAGGUGCUCCUCGAACACAUAGCGCCCAGCACCUUGCUCACGAAGGUGCUGGAGAUGUUCGAGGUGGGGUACUACGACCGGCUUGGCCUCGAGGUCCUCCGGGAUGCCAUCGACCUCGGGGCCAAGCCGGUCGAUGAGGAGGAAAAACACAGGAUGCUGGAGCACCUGGGGCGCAUCCUGAUCUAUGCGCCCACCUCGGUUCGCCGAGGUGAAGCAUACGAGAUCAUAAAGAUCUUGUUGGAGGGGGCGAGGGCGGAGCUGCCGGGGGGAUGGUGGCAGCAACUGGCGGAGAAGGAGCGGACUGGUCCCGAGUCCCGAGUCCUCCUGGUGGAGGAGCUCAUCACAAGGGCUUCUCUAGAAGUCCCUUGCUUCUAGAGGGACUCGGGGCCGGUCCCUCCUUCUCCGUCACCCGCCCCCUCCAACAAGAUCUUUAUGAUCUCUAAAAAAAAUAAAAAACCAAAAAAAAUCAAAAAAUCAAAAAGAAAAAAAAAUAUAGAUGGGAUAGAUGGGCGUUUUAUUUUUGUAUGAUAUUUUUUUUUUCUUUUAUUUUUUUGUUAAUUAUAUUCCUGAAGUAUCAAAGC